AUGACCGUCGACUACCUCUCCCCGAGUAGCAUCGACCUCCUUCCUAUCCACAAGUUCUCCUUCCAGAACACCACUGUCCAGCCCGAGGAGGACUCGUCGGUCGCCGAGCGUAUGCGCCGCCUUCAGGGACAGUACGACGAGACUGGGAUGCGCCGCUCGGUCGACGCCGUCAUCGUUGCUCAUGACCACGGUGUCCCCUGCAUCCUCACAACGCAGAUUGCUAACGAUUUCUUCAAGCUCCCUGGCGGCUACCUCGACCCCUCUGAGGAGGACGAGACUGGCCUCAUGCGCCACCUCAAUGACCUCCUGGGGGAUGGUACCAAGCAGUGGCGCGCGGAGGAACCCCAUUGGAACAUCCACGCCCUUCUCGGCGUGUGGUAUCGUCCCAACUUUGACGGCUUCUUCUACCCCUACAAACCUGCGCACGUAUCGCAGCCCAAGGAGUGCAAGAAGAUCUACCUUGUGACGAUGCCUGAGCAGAUGGUUGGCGUGCCCCUGAACAUGAAGCUCCUCGCGAUCCCUAUUCACGAGUUCUAUGACAACACUCAGCGCUACGGACCCCAGCUCAGCGCCAUUCCACACAUGCUCAGUCGGUUCACACUCAAAGUUCGAUUUAUCCAUCACAGUUUUUACUCACCAAGCCACACCUGA